AUGCUUGCCGCUGACAUCGAGUUCCUACGGACACGCAUUUGUGCUGAUCAAUUGGAGUUCGAUGUUGGAUCGUACGGUACUGCGGUAGCUGCGACGUAUGCCAACAUGUACCCGGAGCGAGUCGGCAAGAUCAUGCUUGCGUCCAGCAUGCCACCCGUGCCAGAAACCCUCACAUUCGCCAAGGGUAAUGGGAUGGCAAUGACGCAAGCCUUCGCGCAGUUGGAAAGGCUGUGCCUGGAGGGUCACUCGGAUUGCCAAGGCCACAGUUUUGACACGCAGAACGACUCCACGCUGACAGACCAGUGGCUCAGCCUGACCGAAACAAUUCGAGCAGGGCAGCUUACCGCGACGACCAAUAUGACCAACAAUCUAGGCGACUAUGUGCAGUUUCCGUUGACCAUUGGAUUGGUCCAGGGCUACCUCCAGGAAAAGAUGGGAGAUGCUGAAAGAUUCUCCGAGGUGUUCAAGAUCAUCCAGAAACUUGAAGAAGCAAACGAGCAGCAGAUCAUCGACAUCCUGGACUAUUACUGCAAACUCACAAGGGAGGUGGCAAAUGAAUCCACCACGAUCCGAACAUGGUACACAUACGGUGUCUGUGUUGGUGGGCAAUCGGUGGGCUCUGCGUUCAUAGCUGAACCUGCAAUCUUGGCCCAGGACUACUUCGGCCGUUUCGCAGUGGCACAGGGCAUGGAAGCCUACCGCGAUUUCAAAACAACGUGGAAUGAUGCCAUGGCCGUCGGCCCCUUUGUGGGAUUGUUCAGCGUGCUUUCCUCCUGGAAAGCCGAGGCCGUUCCUGUCCAGCCUGGCUUUCGAGCCGGCAUUCAGGCUGUGGCACUGGGCAACUUGUACGACCCACACACCCCGUUUAUUUGGAGCAAUCAGAUGCGGGAGUCAUUACCAGAUGGCGUGCAGAUCAUUUGGCAGGGUGGAGGACAUGGCGAGCAACAUAAUGACAAUAUGAAGGACUGCAAAGAUGCCAUAGACCGGUUCUGGCGAACUGGCAAGCUGCCGCCAGACGGCCUGACCUGCCGAACACCCAAGUUUCGGUGA